GUUCCAAAUAUGAAAUCGGGAACCGAAUCUUGCCGAAAUCCCGGUUUCUCGGUCGCCUCGCGUUAAGAUCCACUCGUAAAACUGGACGGUGAUCUCGAUCCGCCGCAGCAGGAGCUCUUCGCCCGCGGCAAAACAGGCACAGUGGUGCAUUGGACGCGAUGACGUCGCUGCGCCCUAGUCUCUUCUAGCGGGUCCGUGCGCCGUCCGUGCGCGCUUCGCGCCGCUUCCCAGUGCCAAGCCCCGCAGAGAAGACGUCGGUGUCCUUCGGCCGUGCGAUGGGCGAUCCGGCACCUCGCGGCACCCUGGUGCGCUCCAAGAGUCUGCGCCUGCCCCCUCCGGGGGCGGAACCGCAGGAAGGGGGCAGUCCCUUGCGCAGGCACGGCAGCCUGCGCUUGGUACGAGCCCCGCCCCCUCCGGGCAUGAGCACCUCUCUGCACAGCAUGCUUCCCCGCAAGGCCCCCGGUCACCGGCCCAGGGGUGCAGCACCGGCCACAGAGCAGCCGUGGAAGGAGCACUUCAAGAGGCUGGUCCAGGAGCACGACAGGCUGCAGGUGAAGUACAGCCAGCUUCGAGCGCGUCUGCUCAGCCAGGGGGGCAAGGGUUCCCUGGGGGCUCCAACGAGCGGAGGGGGACCCGGGGACCUGGCGCCGAUCCCCGAAGACGACUCCCCCGACGGAGAGCUUCCCCCUGCUGCUCUGCAUGCCAGGGACGACUUACAGCUGCAGGGGCAGCUGCGGUCAGCGCAGAGGGCCUACUGGGACCUGGUGCUUGGGGCAGAGCCGAGCCAGGACCCCGCGGCACUGGUCCUUUCUCUCCUCGACCAGCUGGACUCCACGCAGGCCGAGCUGAGCUCGCUGCGUGGUCGGGUGGACAGCCUCCGGGAAGCGCUGCGCCAGCGUGAACAGGAGGUGGCCAGCUGCAGGGAUGCCCUCCAUGACUACCAGCUGGAGAUGGAGGAGCAGCGGGCCUCCCAGCAGGCCAUCAGAGCCAGGAUGUGCGACCUGCAGGCGCAGCUGCGGGAGGCCCAGGAAGGCCAGGAAUUCCUGCAGGCGGAGCGGGCAACCCUGGUGGAGGCACAGCUGGAGGCCCAGGCCCAGGCGCAGCGGCUCAGGGAGGCCCUCGACCAGAACCUGAGGGAGGCACUCUGUUGCGAACGCCCUGCCGCACGCACACCCGCCAAGAGCUUGGGCCAGCCAGAGGAAGGUCCCCAGGCGGCGCUGUCAACGCUGUCCCAUUCCCUGCACAGCCUGCAGCAGGCACUGGCACUCUUCGGGACGUCGCACCUGCAGAUGGAGCCUCAGAUGCUUGAAGACCUGGAGGAGGUCCCCAAGCAGAGUGCGCCGCGGGAGGAAGUCCCAAAAGAGGACCCCGUCCCCGACGACAGUCCUCCCCCUCUGCCGUUCAAGGGAUCCCUGGUGCGCGCUGUGCUUAGCGCCCAGCAGCCGGGCCCCCCAGUGGGAGAGGCGAGGGGGGAGGGCAAGCCCGUGGGCACGGUGCCCCCUUUCCGCACAGUGGAGGCCAGGGCCCCUGACCGGCUCUUGCCUGCCCUGGCGGCCCUGGCCGCACGCCUGGUGCGCCUCCAGGCCAGGGUGCAGGCACGUGCCCUAGACCAGCUGGCCAGCAGCAGAGCGCACCGAGAGUCCCUGGAGCAGCGACUGGGAAGCGUGUGCCGGGACCAUGCGGGGUGCGGCCAUCUCGGGCAGCAGCUCUCCAUGAGCCAGGCACAGGUGCAGGCACUGGAGGCACGCCUACUCGAGCUCAGGGAGGCACACGCCAGGCAGGUCGAGCUGCUGCUGCAGCAGCUGGAGGAGCAGAAGGAGAAGCAGCGCUGCCUGCAGGCGGUGAACCAGGAGCAGGCCAGGCAGCUGCGGGAGGAGCUGCUGCCCCCACAGGGCUUCCUGUGCCAGGCAGACGCCAUCUGCGACCGGCUCCAGCUCAGACAGCAGGUGGAAAGCCUGAGGGAGGGCCUGGUGCUGAGAGAAGAGCAGCUCCGAGGUCUGGCCAGCAAGUUCUCCCGCUUCAAGCAGGCCUACGAGGACAACUACCAGAGGGCCACCGAGGACAUCGACAAGCUCGACACUAUGCUCGAGAGGGUCAUAGAGACGCUGGAGACGGAGCCAGAGGCUGUGUCAUCGUGUCCUGCACUGCAGCGGCUGCUGGAGAGUCUCCGUGGGAGCAGCAACUGCUGGGGCUGCCCCCCGAGGCCCCCCCCGGGGCGCCGGCCAGACUCCGAGCCUUGAAGGGCCGUCGCCCCGCAGCAGUGUUCGAACGCAUGGCCAACCUCGAAACGUGCAGCGGCCGUACGGCGCCCCGGACACUUUUUGCGGCGUAUCGGUUCUCGGUCGCACGCGCCUAGUUCCGGGGCCCGCUUGAAGGAGUAAUUCACUCUUUCCGGCGUGGUGUAUAGCUGCCGUUUUCCGCGUUCCGAGCAAGCCAAUCCCGGGUGUUGUGGCAGUCGUCUCAACACAACUGAUUUGCCAUCCUCUUUUUUUUUUAUAGCUGAGCGAGCAAGUUGGCUGCAGUGAAGUAUCUGCUGGGUGGCGUCCCCCAGACAAUUUAAAUGAAUCAUUGCACUCAUUUCCCAUAAGCAAGAAGUUACACAGAGGAAAGGGAAAGACAUACAAAUGCAUGAAAAUGCGCGGGACGCUGUUUUACUGCGCGGCAAACUGAAGGCGCAUACUUUUACCUGCAACAUUGUCAUGCCCAUUAUCGUGACCCAAAUUGAAUGAAAAUAGGUGCCCACUCGGGACAGUGGCAAUGGAGUGAUUGCCUCCAUUUCCGCUUCCAAAGAUGGCAGACGAAAGGGACGCUUGGUUGAGCAAUGGCACCCCCUAUAGUCGUUGGAACGUGUGAAGGCGGUAGCACGUUCAAUCGUCUACCUCGCAUAUUGGAAGUGUAUGUCGUCAUCGUUUAAGGCCCUCAAACGUCGAAAACAAUCCAGUGUUUAUGUCCGUGAGGGGCAACGCACAAUUUUCAAAAUUUCAAAGUUCUAAAUGAUUCCCUUCCGCCGUAUAAAACUUCUGUUUCAAACGGUGGGAAAUGGUUUGAAAUAGUCGCACAUUGUUUAUCGUGUCACCCUGACGGCACAUCACUUUUAGUAGCACUGGCAAGGAGCAGUCGAGACUUUUAAAGAUGAUCCUUUACGAAGUGUUGCCGGACUUUUCUCACUUCUAGAAGAGACGAUUUGCAUUCGUGUAACAGCCAGAAUAGCAUUGUCGUGAAUGAUCUUGGAGCGUCGCAGAAGAGAAAGGUGCCAGUUUUUCUUUCUCUGGGCAUGAACAACGGAUGAUUUUUUUUAUGAACUUUUAGCGUCAUUGAUAUGCUACCCUUCCCAUUGUCAUUUGCUUUUUCGAGUCCAGUAAGUGAGAGAAAGCAGACUUUUGCUGUGCAUUGCCCCUUUAAUAUGAGGGCCAUGCCACUUUCCCGAUAGCCAAAAUAGAACCACUUCCACUUUACUCCAAUCGAGAUUGCUUGCCAUUUCUGAGCACUGUUUUUGCCUGUGCCACUACAUAUGCCGCCUGUUCCAAACGCUAUUCCUUCAUAAAAAAAAAAAUUUAGUUGGUGUUAAGUAUAGUGUAACGUGCAGCAAAAGUCUUUCAAUGUAAGUGGCAUCCGUGCUUCCCAAAAUGCUACACUGAACUCUUCAUGGGCAGCUGCACUGUUACACAUGCACCAACCUGUGCCUCACCCCAUACAUACCUAAUGCAUGCCAUGUGCAUGAAUUAUUGGGCUGUGUAACUUUACAUGAUGGUGUCAUCGACAAGAGAUUUUUUGCCGGUGGCACGGUUUAUAUACCGCAUUUGCAUAUGCGAUGCUCAAGCCAAAGCUUCCAGUACAAGUCCAAAACAAAGAGCUGAUUUGGUCCAAUGAACUACCAUAACAACAUAGAAAAGCAAGCUCAUCUACAAUGUUGACCAUAUAGAGUUGAGAAAGGAACAUGCUGAAAACCUCAGAGCGAGAGCCAGUGUUUUGCUGCAAGACUUGGCUUCUUCAGAGCCCUAAUGAAGUAAGCAAAAGCAAAGCAAGUUAGUUGUUUAGCCAGUGGAAGGCCCGUCUUCCUUUGAGGUAUGGCAGCAGCGAGUCGCACUGCAGAUGAAGAAUUUAGCCAGUGCAGUACGACUGCACCAUAGAAUAGCGAUUACGCAAAUGCACGUCCCAAUGAUGUCUCGGCAAAAUACUGACUGCCCUUCUGUGGCUCCCAAGAGGUUCUUUUUCAAGUUCUUUCUACCAGCUUUGACUACCUCCAUACUUUAUCAUCCACAAUGUUCAUCAUAUUCGAUGCUCACAUUGCUACCUGCUUAACGGGACAAAAUUUAGGCUUGGUCGAAAUCGUUCGUCUUGAAAACCGUGACCCAAAUAUAGGUAGCAAGUCUGCCGUCUCGCAAGCAAAACUUUUACAAAGACUUGCUCUCUUUGCUCCAUCUGUUUGUACGGGUGCAGUUUGCGAUUUGUUUGACGAAGGAAUGGCACUUGGGAACAGGUGGUGGUAAGAAUCUCAUUUUUCGUCCAUUGCCGUCGUCUGUAGACGUGAGUGCAGUGACAUCCCUUGCUCACUCUGCGUCCUCGGGCUCAAUGUUUUGAGUACCGUUAGCUGUAGCGUCACAUUUCUUCCGCUAUCUGAGUGCGUCUUCGACAAGCAAAGGUGGCACAGCGCACUUCCAGCACUGCGUGCAUGUUUUGCUACAGAGCCAAUGUCUGGGGAUUGUCCCGGUUUAUCGGGGAGUCUUGUCGGUUCAAUUUUUUGUGAGCCCACGAGAAAGAAACUUGCAAUAUUCUUUUACCUGUGGAAAUACUGCAAUCAGUACUAGUGCUUAAAAGACCUCAACACCUCAAAAGAAUUGUUCAUCGAUUGUGUGCAAAGCGCUAAAAUAUGAUGUCGUGACACCCCUCAGUUGAUUUUUCACUGUAGCCCCAUUAAUGUCACAACCACAGACAGGACCAGUGUGGAGGUAGAUAAAGGACCCCGGAAAUCCACGUGUUGUUUCACCUCCCCACAACUAUAUAUACUUCAGCUGUUUUUUUUCCCCCCCAAGGCAAAAUAUGUUUGGUAGGCUGGCAGUCAUGAAAUGUGACGAAAAUAAUCUUUGGAGAAGGGGAACGAAGGACAUACAAAUCUCCACAAACACAACUAGCUGACUAGUGCGCGACCGAAAAAAUCUGCCCGGUCCAGGUAUUGAACCUGGGACCUCUCCAUUUCCAGAGGAGCGCUUUACCGACUGAGCUAACCAGGAGUUAGACGUCAGUAGAGCAAACCAGGACCAGGCGUUUUUUUUUUCUUCGGUCGUGCACCAGUCCCUAGCUGUGCUUGGAGAUUUGUGUUCAUCCUUUGUCCCCCUUGUUCCCCUUCUUCAGGGAUUAUUUUCAUCAUUCUUGUCCAGCUCGCUUGCACCUUUGCAGAAUUCAAUUGCAUUAUCAUAAAAUAUGGUUUGUGAAUUUGAUUACUUUUAUUAAUAAUGUUUAUUAGUUUGUUUCCAAGUGGCUGGAGACUUGUGGGCAUCUUUCGUACAAAUUGUCUACCACAAAAAAAUAUCUUGUCAGAAGCACCUUAACCCAGCCCUAAAAGAAAGGCCACUGUCUUUUUCUUAUUUGUUUAUACAAGUGGUCCUUUAAUACUGCUUAGAAUGAUUCCACCCAAUGAUCACACUAAAUAGAUGGAGUAAAAGGAUGGCAUGCACCGAUUGUUGAAUAUUUCGACGUGUCACGACGUAACUGAGAAAUGUUCAGCAACAAGUGAAGCUUUAACUAGAUGUUGAAAUGUGUUUUUACAUUGUUAAGGAAUGAAUUUGAGAAGGUAGAUUUUUAGGCCACUUUUCUCUUCAAAUUGCUACCCACUAUUGUGAGAAUUGUGCCAUGCAUUAUCUUAGAGUGCAGCAAGUUUGAACAAAACGUAUUACACGUCCAAAGGAGACGACGGAACUAGAGGAAAUCUCCGACUCUACACAGGUUCCAUUUCCUUGUGUCCACUCAUGUUCCACCUUCACCCAGGGCAGGUGCUCUGGGCACUUUUUGUGAUAUAUAUUCAUGCCAAGUUUUAGCAGGCAAGUCGCCGCUAUUUUAUGAUAUUUAGAGACUAUUGUUUGCGGAAGACGGUGCCAGCAUCGCAACGAAACUCGGCCACGGUUUCUUUCACCCCAUGGGUACUUUGCAUAUACAAUACUUAGCACAGGAGGAUUUGCACCAGAUAUUAGCACACUUCAGUUCUAUGCUUUUUACACCAUUAAAACUUCCUUUCAUUGGUAAGGAAAAGACAAUUCCAGUACAAUAUUACUUCAUCGAUCCCUCCGAAUUUCAGUACAAUAUGGGAAAGUAUGUCGCAUGCAUGUCAAAUGCAAGGCACAUAGUAUUAUUAGAAUUGGGCGAGUGUUGCGACCCAAAUGAUUCAAGCAAGAAGCUGCAAAGUUGUGCAUGUAAAAAAAGAAAAAAAAAAAAAAAAGCUGUUGAUUUGUAAACAUGCAUUACUUCAUUGUUGUGACUGUGCAUUUUAUAGCAUUGGGCUUCCCGAUAAACGGGCAUAAAAAGACCGUUUAAAGCAACGGUUAUCUGGCACAUGCUUGUCGGGUGUCGGAAACGAGAAUAAAGCGGUGCUAGGAGUCCCCUUGUGCAUCGCCGUGCACAGAUUUCCAUGAUGUCGUCCCGAGCAGAUGCUCAAUCGGUGUCAUUUGUGUGAAACCUGGGCACACCAAGCACCUCAGCACACCGGCAGUGUUUACGAUACCCCUCAUUUUAGUACACACCAGUAUACUAAAUAUAGCUUGUUUGAACAUUGGUUCCUACAAAGCAUUUAUGCCCUGCAAUACUAAAUAUAGCUUGUUUGAACAUUGGUUCCUACAAAGCAUUUAUGCCCUGCAAUACUGCAGGAUGCAAACGCAAAAAACGUAGCAGAGACGGAAGUUUGCUUUACAAAGAACAUAACUGUGUACACUACCGUUGUGCGCUGUGGCGCCUUUGUUCUGCCUGUACAUAUAUUUAUUAGAAAGCCGCCCAAGGAAGCAGGCCGAAUUGUUGCAUGUCGAGCAUCCUGACGUUUGUGUCGCACAACGACUGCCAAGCAGGAUGCAAUUGGUACAAGGUGAAUAAAUUGUUUUUACCUC